AUGCCAUCUGGAGUCAGAAGAAAAGCGGCCAUGAAGGCCGGGCGUGAUGUUACACAUAAUCGUAAACAGCUUAAGCGUGCUGCCAGAAAGCGGACAAGAGAAGAACAAGUUAAACAAUAUAUCAGACGUAAUCCAAUCCUAGCAGAGCAAUGGGACCCAAAAAAAACUAUGGCUCAAAAUUAUCAAAUUUUAGGGUUAGCCAGAAAGAUUGGAGGAUAUACAGGAGGUGAAGAAAGAAAGUUUUUUACAGAUAAGGAAAAGGACGAAAUAGAAGAACUCGAAAGAUUAAAAAAUGAAAAGAAAGAAGAAGUUCUUAAGGCUGAUGAAGCACGGAUAAUACGUGAUGAUAACGGAAAUGUGGUUGAAAUCAUUUACGGAAAAUCUAUUGAAAGUGACGAUGAAGACAAGGAAAUUGGCCAGGAUUUGGAAGUGGACGAUAAUCAGCCAGAAGGUAUCCGACGUUUAAUAGAACUUUCAAAGCAGGAAGAGGUAAAGAAGGGCAGAGAACAAAGUGAAAGAGAGGUUGAUUGGAUUGCUGAGUUAGUGGCUAAACAUGGUGACGAUUAUGAAGCCAUGAAAUGGGACAAAAAGCUCAAUAUAUAUCAGCAAACCGUUGGUGAUUUACGAAAAAGAGUCACCAAAUGGAAAAAAACUCAAGGGAAACACUAA